UCCGGAACGCGACCGCGUGGCCACGUGUUCUGCUGCUCGUCCUGUUUCCGCCGCGUACCGCUCGUCCGACCGACCGUCACCGCCGCCGUCACACACGACGAAUGCGAUCAUCAUCACUACGGCGCUACGUCAAUAAAUUAUUAUCUCCCAUUGCAGCGAUACCGCGGUAACCGCGCUCCGUUUAACAUUUUAAAAGGUCCUGCUGCUGGACGGUUUUCGAAAAGCCCUAAUCGUUGUAAGAUACGUUACUACAACUGUGACGUUGUCGCGAGUCCACCAAGUCGGGCAACGAUCUCCCCGACAUGGACUUCCAGAGCGCCAUGGAGACGUUUGCCGAAGCGUGGGUGGUGGCCAGUGCCAAAGGCACGUUCACCUAUCCGCCGAUCAACGGAUUCCAGAAUCAAUCAAUGUCAUUGACUCCACACUUACAAGGAUCCACGUCACCGGUCUCUACAGCAAACGACGGACAACUCGGACCAGCGAAAUCUAUACCAGUUCACUGCAUAGUGGAAUCGAUCAACCAUGUUUAUCAAUGGAGCCAAAAGCACUCGCCGUCACUGCAUCGUCCUAAAGGCCACGUAGAAUUGGAUAGAUUCGUCAUCAUCCCGAACAACACUGCGUUUAGAGAUUUGACGGAAGCCGCAUUGGUACGCCUGGGCUAUUCCAAAGACACGGCAGCGGCGUCGAAGGGAUUGGUAGUGCUGAAGAACUGGUUGCCGUUAGACCUGGACACAAUCGCCGAAGAUCCGGUGCUGACAGUGAACGACGUCCUCGGAGAACUCACUACCUUAGCUACUCUGAGAAUACUCGUGUUCAGGGAAACGAAAAACCGAUUCUCCGAUUUGAAGGACAAACUGUUGAAACUGCUGUUGGUACAAAGCCAAACGCAGCUGACAGCGUCGGGAUGUCCCCUGGACGAAGCGAUAAUAUUGCAGAUGAUGAAGGUGGGGCAAGCUUGCCCAGAUUUGCCCGAAGAUUUGUACAAAAAAUUCGAACAAUGGUGGAUCAUGCAAUCGUCAAACAUCGUUCCCAAAAUACAGCCAUCAGUAUUGCCGCAAUCAGUGAGAGACAUGUUCUAUCGUAACGGCUCGUCGCCAAGGCAGUCCAUCAACAUGCAAGACAACCCCGCUAAUUGUAUUGUUCCUAAAUCAGACCCCAAGACACACAGUCUCCAGUCUGUUUCUCAAAAUCAGUUCCAAGGUCAAAAAACGCGUAUGCGUACAAGCUUCGAUACAGAACUCGAACUCCCGAAAUUGCAAGCUUGGUUCGCUGAAAAUCCUCAUCCAAGUAGACAACAAAUACACCACUACGUGAGUGAAUUGAACAAUCUGGAAUCGCGAAAAGGCCGUAAGCCGUUAGACGUCAACAACGUCGUAUAUUGGUUUAAAAAUGCCAGGGCAGCUCAAAAACGGGCUGAAGUACGUGGCACAAAUUCAGGCGUCGCAGACAAUAUGAACCCGGCGAACAACGACGGCAACGCGAACGGUUACUGCAAGAGCAGCAGUCCCAGCGAGCACGGCGGCAAGUCGUACAGCGGGCAGGGGUCGGUGAGCGAGGCCGAAGACGACGACGACGACGACGACGACGACGACGAAGAGUUCGGCGACAACCGGGACGACGACGACGACGACGACGACGCGAAACCGCCGAUGAGCCCGCCGGCGGAACAGCCGAUAUCGUUGACCACGCACGGCCGGUUUAGUAACGGCGAAACUCUGUUGCAGUCUCCAAGACCGCAAUCGCGCAGCUCACAGCAGAGCCCCGAACACAAGGUGAUGGUGAUCAAGGAAGAGCCACCAGAUAAGGAUAAGACGACCGUGACCACCGGACUGAACAAUAACGAUUACGAGGACGAGGACGAUUUCGACGAGGACAUGAUAGACGGUGACGGGUCGGACGGUGGCGGUGGUGACGACCGCGACGCGAUCGGCAACAGCUGCAAACGGUUAUCAUCGCAACAACAACAACAACAACAACGACAACAACAGUCAGCGAUGUCUUGCACCACCAGCCCAGUGGACGACCACCCAGUUGCCACGGGACACCACCACCAGGCGACGCCGCCACCCCCGCCCCCGCCGCUGUUCCACCGCGCCGCCGAUCUGCACCAGCCCCUGGUCCGGCCCGGGUUCUCGAUGGUGCCAAACUCAAUGUUCGGCCACAGCUUCAUGUACAUGAGCCAAUGCUUGCCCGGCUUCAAUAUGGGCCGCCGGCCACAGACCGGCACUCCGCCACCGCCACAACCGCAACAGCCUCAGGUGUCGUCUGCAGCCACCGCAGCGGGUCUAAAUCUGUCGGCGCUGGCCGAGGAACGCCGGAAACGGAACCGGACGUUUAUCGACCCGGUGAGCGAGGUGCCGCGGCUCGAACAGUGGUUCGAGCACAACACGCAUCCGUCGCACAGCCUGAUCGCCAAGUACACGGACGAGCUGAACCGGAUGCCGUACCGGCAAAAGUUCCCGCGGCUCGAGUCGAAGAACGUUCAGUUCUGGUUCAAAAAUCGCCGGGCCAAGUGCAAGCGACUUAAGAUGUCCCUGUACGACGCCAUGUCGCCAAAGGAUCAAUUCUCCAUGCCCACGUACCUCAAUCACGAUUAAUGCUGUUCCACGCGUCGUUGUUAGAAACAAACAUUUUCACGGAUGAAUAACAAUAUUAUAUUAUACUAGGUAUUAAAUACAAUAUUAUAUACACAAUAUUUAUACGAUAAAAAUAUUAUUUGCUAUAGGUACACCACGCGGCUGCUCGUGUGUACAAUACUACUACUAUGGCAUCGUUAUGUAUUAUUCGAGUAUUAAAUCACGUGUAAAGAUGAAAAAAUUUUUUUUUUACUAAAUUAAUACUUUCGGCGCUUAAAAAAAUGGAAAAAAAAUUCUGAACAAAACGAGUAAAUAUUUUCAUUAUAAGUAUUCAUUAUUUAUUUUUCAAUCGGUUUUUCCUUAUUAUAUAGUCGUGCUAGUCAAAAACGUUAUCCCCCCCCCCCCCCCAAAUAAAUAAAACAUCCCCUACACACGUAGAUAGGUACUAUAUGCGUUCGUUAUAAACAUCAAAAAAUAUAAUAUUUUAACUUCCGAAUAAUAUUUCGUACUCGUAAGUACGAAUAAUAAUUAGUCCCGAGAAUUUAGUAUAAUAUAAUAGGUGCGUCAAUGUUUUCCGAGCCGUUCACGCGAAACAGACAGCGUGUUUCGAGGAGAAGAGCACAAGUUUGCACAAUAUUAUAUAUUUUAUACUUUGGUAUAAGCGUUCUUAGCUCUUCGCUUUGGGCAUCGCCGGGUUCGAAACGUGACCGUUCGUCGACGCAUUCCCGCUGUAAAUAUUGCACACUCGUCAUAAUAAUAAAAUAGGUAAUAAUAUUUAAUAAUAAUAAUAGUAAUAUAAUCGCAAUAAAAGAUCGCCCACAUAAUAUGAUAUAGUAUCUUAAUAAUAUCGCACCUCGUUCGUUGACGCGUAUAAAAAUAAUUACGAUCCAGCUGUGGUCUUGUCGCACCACACCUCCGCCGUGGUGUCACGUUAACCAAAACCAACGGACUAUAAUCUAUACCAUUAUAAUAUGAUGUAAUUAUUUUUCGAAAAAUGCGUCCGACCCGAGUUGUAUCGUCGAGAAAUCGGCGAGGUUCCGGAACAGAAUUCGCACACGAUUUCAAUCGACGGGUCAACGGCCUUUUUUUUUUGGACCAGAUCUCGGGACGCGUCUUGUCGUCCCUGCUCUUGUCGGCCGUGGCCGUGGCAGUUAUUUAUUUGAGGUCACUCGGGGAUGACGGAAAGGGCGGUGGAGUUUUCGACCGUUUUGCCUCCAACGAGUGCACGAUUAGUGCAAGUCGAAACUUAAUCGCGUUUAUGAGUAAUAAUUAGAUAUCGAUAGGUGUAUUAUAAUCAUGAUAAUAAUAAAUAAUAGUGUCGCGUAGUCUUAUCGAUAUAAUAGCUGUUAAAUAAUAUUCAUAUUUGUAUUUGGAUUUAAAAGCUUUUGAACGUAAUUAUGAAAAUAUAAUGCCAAAAAGAAAAAAUAAUGUUUAUCUCGCUGGCCAUUAAACGCUGAUGUGAUGAAUUUCACCGGUCGCGCAUUGUAUAAUAUUAUAGCGGAUUAAAUAGUUAUACUAAAAAAAAUGUUCCUGGGCGGACCUACAAAUUUGAUAUUAUGCCUGAUAUUACGUUUCUGAGAUCGCGGUCUACGGUCUGUAUAAUAAUAAUAUUUCACGUCGACUACUAUGGGUUCUAACUGACCCAUCGACAUGUUGCAUUCGAUUGUUCUUGGACAACAUUCCUCUAUACCUUCCGGACAAGUCUGGGACAGCGUAAUCACUAGAUCAGACGACUAUAAAAAAUAACGAUUGUAGUUUUGAAACAAAGCCCAAUCCGUUUUGUUGAUAUUAAUAUUAGGUCUGGGACGUGUACAGUUAUGACAAUUAUUAUGAUGAUAUGUAAUAUUAAGCAAUGUCAUAGACAUCGCGGUUCUCUCAACAUAUUACUAAUUACAAU